AUGGGCCUGGUGGUGCCGGAGUUGGGCCUGGGGGAGCAGGAUAUGGGCCUGGCGGUGCUGGAGUUUGGCCUGGGGGAGCAGGAUUUGGACCUGGUGGUGCAGGAGUUGGGCCUGGGUGCUGGAGUUGGGCCUGGGGGGGCAGGAUAUGGGCCUGGCGGAGCUGGAAUUGGACCUGGUGGUGCAGGGGUUGGACCUGGUGGUGCAGGGUUUGGGCCUGGUGGAGCCGGGGUUGGUCCUGGUGGUGCUGGAGUCGGACCAGGUGGUGCAGGAUUCGGGCCUGGUGGUGCAGGGGUUGGAGCAGGUGGUGCUGGAGUUGGACCAGGUGGUGCAGGGGUUGGACCAGGUGGUUCUGGAGUCGGACCAGGUGGUGCUGGAGUCGGACCAGGUGGUGCAGGGGUUGGACCCGGUGGAGUUCCAUUGCUUCCACAGACUGGUACCCCUGGUGGAGGCCCUGGAGGGAAGAGCGGUGGUAAAGCAUCAAAACAAGUUCCAGGAAUAGGAGUGCCUGGGCUCUAUCAGGGUGGAUUUGUACCAGGCCAAGGUUUUGGAGGCCGUGGUGUUCUCCCUGGAGUGGCUACAGGAUCUGGACUUGGGCCUCAGACCGGGGCCGGUGUACUCGGCCAGGGUGGUGCUGGACCAGGAGGAGCAGGCAAUGGUCGUGGACAACAACUGCCAGGGGUUUUUCGUGGUUACCCUCUCAUAUCACCAAAAUCAGGGGCAGGCAAAUCAAAGAAUCCAGCCAAAGCUGCAGCUAAAUACGGGGGAGCUGGAGCAGGAGGAGGUGCACUUGGUCAAGGAGGCGCUUUAGGGGUUGGGGCUGGAAGACUUCCUGGAGGAGGAGCAGGGGUCAUACCUGGAUCAGGAGGAGGAGUCGGACCAGGAGGUGGACCUGGGUUUGGAGGAGGAGUUGGAACAGGAGGCGGAUCUGGUAUGGGUAAAUCUGAUGCAGCCAUUAAAUAUAUACACAUAACAUAUAUAUAAUAUA